AGGAACUACCGGCUCUGGCCAUUCCAACGCUUUACGACAGUUCUCCGCAAUUUACGGCACAAACACAUGCACGCUUGCUUGAGUGACGAAACAUGAGAGGUCAAAAGUUAUGAUACUGAUCUUCAGCAGAAACGGAACAUAACACAAAGACAUGGCCAGUUCCAUGGUGGCAGUGGGACUGGCUCUGGCAGCAGCUGGAUUUGCAGGUCGCUAUGCCAUGCAAGCCAUGAAGCAGAUGGAGCCUCAGAUGAAACUGGCCCUUCAGAGUUUUCCCAAGCCGGCUUUUGGAGGAGGGUACUAUCGAGGAGGAUUUGAUCCAAAGAUGACAAAGAGAGAAGCUUCCCUGGUUUUGGGUGUCAGUCCCACAGCUAACACGAGUAAGAUCAGAGAGGCACAUAGAAGACUGAUGAUCCUGAACCACCCGGAUAGAGGUGGAUCUCCCUAUCUAGCAGCGAAGAUAAAUGAAGCAAAGGAUUUAAUGGACGCCCAGACAAAGAAAUAGAACACGCCAGCUUAUCCAUGCUGUCUCACUGACUUAAGCGAUUUCCAGACUUUUGUAACAUUAUCAAAUAAAACCACACUUCAUAUAAAUUGUUAUUGAA